AUCCAAUUCACAUGUUUUAUUGUUGUGUUUUAGUGUUAAGGAAGCGUGACUUUCGUUGCCUUUCUGAUUGAAUUUCACGGUUUCACAAAUCAUGGUGUAGAACUGUUACUCAGGAUUUCUGUUGCCGUGAAACCGACCUAACAGACAUACAGCACCCGUGUUUCCAUGUCUGUAAAAUAGGGUCAGAUUGUGCCACAUUGUGUGUUGUAGUGAAAACAUCAGGGCCGUGGUGUUGACGUGUGUGUGUGUGUGUGAUGAUAGGAGACGUGUAUGUGGAGAUGAUCUGCACUAAUAGAUGCUCUGUCAUGUCUCGUAGCUCCGAUCUAAAAGUUUAAUACAUUUAAAAGUUGAUUUAUUUAAGGCUGAAAUCCACCCGUCACGUCUCGACGAAGCCGCUUCACCUGUGGAAUGGCAGCAGCUAAAAGUGAACGUCUCACCCAAAUAAUACUUAGUCAUGUUCAUUAAUAAUAUUCCACUGAUCGGUUAUUCGAACCGAUGGACUCAAAUUUAAGUGUGUGGGGGAAAAAAUGUAGUUUCACAGUAACAGGAAGGUAGUCCUGGAGUGCUGCUUCCUGCUGUGUAUGUAUGUAAUUUAUUACUGGGCAGACAACUUUCAUAAACUGGUACGCUGGGGUUCAGGAGGAGGUGAAUGAACUCUCCUACGGCCUGAUACCACUGCGAUCUCUUGCCUUUUUUGCACAGCACUGUUGUCUUUCUGGAUUGUUUAGAAUAUAUUUAAAUUGUAAACCACCACUUUCUCUAACCUGCCUCUUCUGCAAAGGGACUUCGGCCCUCAGAUCAAGUGGCAUUAUCAUAGACACGUUUUGUAGUUGGUUUUCUCAAUCACCCCACACGAGGCCCCACACGUUGACCAACGUGUAAAAACUGACUGAAGCCUCACUCAGCCUCACACCGAUAAUGACACUAAGUUGUGAUUUGAAGAGGAGUUUAGAGAGCUGUCCCUUUGAUGUCUUCCUCUGAAUGCCAGACUUUUUCUGUUUUUUUUUUUUUUGUUUGUUUUUUUUCUCGCUUAUUCCAGGUUUUCCUGCUGAUGCUUGCCCUCAUUUCCGUUGAAAAGACCGUUGGGGAAACCAACGAGCACUGCUUCGAGAAAUGCCCGGCAGGACAUUAUAAGGUUGGCACCUGCACUGGUCAGCUUGUGAAAUGCGAAAUCUGCGGAGAAGGCUCGUACACCGCAGUGCCGAGCACCAUAGACCACUGUCAGAGGUGUGAAUCAUGCGGCUCCCAUGAGAAACGAAUAAAGCCCUGCAACAGAACCAGUAAUACGCAAUGUGAGUGCAAAGAGGGAUACUACAAUGCAGGAGACGACGAUAACAGGAGCUGCCAGUCCUGUCGAAGUUGUAAGAGGGACUCAAAGUGCAGGAGCAAAUGCGCAUCCCCUACAACUCCACUUCCAUCCACAUCUACAUCUGCAUCUACAACUAAACAGGCAACAGAAACUGCAACCCCGGCUCUGUCUCCAGAUCCACUCACAACUUCACCUACAAGAACGACGGCUUCAAGGAACACAUCAACUCCGGUUAAAGUUCCAAUAACCUCAGAUAACCAUCAGAUGUUCUGGAUUAUGGUCGUUCUGAUUACGCUUCUGAUGCUCUUUUGGUUCCUGCUGAUCCUCGGUAGCCUGCACAGAUAUUUGUACUGUAGUCCCUGCUGGAAUACAAACAAAGAUAUCGGGUCGCCUGACGGGGAAGCCAACUUCAACGAACCAAAUCAUCAAGGCAGCCCGACCACGCUGACACUCAACAUAGCAGAGGAAACUCCCAUGAUGGCUCUCAGCUCGAAUCAAGCUGUGCAAGAAAGUCCAACCCACAUCAGUCCUCUGCUGCGAAACGGUGACCACAGCGUUGCCACACGGAACGAGCAGUCAGACCGCUGGCCGGCCGUCGUCCUCUACGCGAUCAUCAAGGAGGUUCCCCUGCGUAGGUGGAAGGAGUUCUUGCGCCUGCUCUCGGUGGCCGACCAGGAGCUGGAGCGAGUGGAGCUGGAGGCCGGCUUGGGCCUGGGCUCCAUAGAGCGGCAGUACCAGAUGCUGAGGCUGUGGAGCCAGCGCUCCUCCGCCAGCAUGAACGACGUCUUCUCGGCCUUACACUAUAUGGAUUUAUCCGGUUGCGCCCAGCUGCUGCAGGAGAGCCUGGAGAAGAUGCAGUGGAGGCCCGGGCCGAAGCAAGGUUUCACCGCUUGCAGGAGUCACACGGAUCACAGCUGGAACGGGGCAGCGCAGGACACCUGAGGCUGAGAGAUAGAGACGGAGAUAUCUGCGGUUCAACCGUAGACACUGGUGCAUGAAACUAGUUCAAGUUCCUGGAAAGGAUAUUACUAAUUGUAAUUGCUACAGGGUCCAACCACAGAGAACUGCAAUGCCAUAAGUGACCCCACACCAAGUCAUGCCAAUUGACAUCACAAUCUAACAAAGGCAUUGUGGAGAACAGGUAAUAGUUUGAAUCGUUUAACAUUACCAAAUACACUCCGGGAACGCAAAUACAGUGUCUUUUCUACAUUAAAUAGAAUAAAGCUCGACUUGGUAAAGAGUUGAACCUUAUUAUUAUCAUUUUUUUUAUAACUAGAUACAAAGAAAAUGUGUUUUUAUGCACUGAUGGGUGAGCUGCAGAGAUGAGCUUGGAUUAUCGGGUGUUUAUCAAGCAAUGGUAUUUUCACCUCUUAAUGUACUUGCAAUGCUCUAGUAUGUAAAGUUAGUUCAGAGAAUUAAAUUAAAAGGUAAUCGAGGGAAAGUCCCUUCCAGUAAAUGUAGUUUACUAUCAAAACACCUUUUAGUACACCGCUUAACCUCUGCAUUCUUGUGUUGUGUUUAAACAGUGAGGCUGUGGUUUUACAGCACAAUGCUAAAAUGCCAAUGUCUGUAACUAAUUUCUGUAUGUGCUCAAAGAGUAGGGCAAGGAAGUUACACUUCCUUUUAAGAACUGUACAACAUCGUUUUACCUCAGUGCUGGACAUUUCUCUUUUUUUUUCUUUUUUUUUUCAAGCGCUUGGCAAGUCAAAGUGCAGUUUGAGUAUUUGAACUGUGUGAAGGUUAUAUGUGUACGUCUAUGAUGUCUGAGCAGCGCCGCUGCCGAUCGUCUCAGCGUGUCUGACGUGUCCUUCAUCUCGUCUGACAUGAAAGUCUGGUAUAACAGCGCUGCCACUGAUUCUUACUGGGCACCUUCGGAAAGCAAGAAGACCGAAAUCCCCAAAGGACGUCAGAUUUUCGGUUUCCUGAAACCUAAUGGUGUCAGUGUGUAGUAGUCUGGGUUUUUCCUCACCACACAUAUUCCAUUCGAACGGAUGGUUUUCUCUUGUGGUGUUUUGGUAUCUCACUUUGAGAGCUUAUAUGUCAGUUCAGUUCCCCGACAGUAAAGGACAUGGACUUUCCAAUUAAAGUAAUUUAUUAAUGAAUGUUUUAAUAUGAAUUGAGGUCAUUGUUGUGUAUAUAUUUUAAUUGCUGUUAUUUUUUUAAUUAUUAUUGUUUUCUCAAACUUCUCAUGGAUAUUUGUCUGUUUUAUUACAAAGUUCAAUGUGUGAAGUGUCAUACUGAAACUGUUUAAUCCUCCGUGGUGUCACCCGUGAUACACGAUAUGGUAAUGUGGCCGUGUAAAAAGCCCAAGUCAAAAUGUCAUCAUACAUUAUGUCAUGAAUAAAAUGGUUGGCCACAA